AUGGUCGCCACAGAGGGGCUCAACUUCGUACUGAACGGGAGCGUGACCGUGAGCACCACCUUCUCCUCUUUCUGGCUCACCACCAACGUCACCACCACGAUCAGCGGGGCCUCACUCACCCUGCUCAACGCCGGCUUGACCGUGGGGAGUGGUGGUGAGCUCAUCCAGGCGGCCCCACUCUAUCUUCGCAUUCCCGCUUCCUAUAUAGGGGUGCGGCUAGCCCAAGGCGCAACGUGGCGGCAGGAGAGCUCGGUCGAGGCGCUGGUAAGUGAGGCACCGCCUGGUGGAGGGUCCCAACCUACGAUCACUGCCGCAGCUGACGCCAGAUGGCACCAAAACGCUGACGUGGAUAUCGUCAACGCCUCUACGGGGGUCUUUCUGAACAGUGCUGUGCUGUGGGACCAGACCGGGUUUGCUAAUGUCAGUUGUGGCUGCUACGCCGCGGUGUACCUGAAUUCCGGCGCCACUUGGCAGCAGCGCGCCAACGCAUCCAUUUCGACCCGUAUCACCGAGGUCCAGUGGAUACAACAAGCCUACACCCACAUUUCCUGGACUGGGUCCGCUGGUUCCUACACAGCGAUGUCUCCUUCGCCCACGCCAUCCGCCACUCCGUCCCCGGUCAUCCAGACGGCUUCGAACGUCACAAUUGCCAAUGCACUCGCGCUCCAGUUCUACCAGAGCGUGCCCGCCGUCAACCUCGUCCCCAAGGUGGAGAGUGGUGGCCAAGACCAGCAAGUUCUGCGCAAAGAGGAGGCGGUGGUCGUCACCCUCGGGUCCAUCACCGAAGUCGGGCCUGCCGCCGAGGUCCGCCAAACUGCGAUCAUUGAUGCGGGCGUCUGGACUACGUUUGCCGACACCCGCUAUGGCGCGAGCCAAUCGUUCGUCUUCACGGCUCCGUUGCACAUCAACUCCCACACCUCCGAGCCCGCCGGCCAACUCCAACUGCGCUACUUCCUAUUCGACCUGCCCACCAACAUCUCCUUCAUCGACGCCAACACCUCUUCACCCGCCGGCCCGGUCGAUCCGCUCCUGAUCACGCCCGACCUGGCCAAGAUGUCGGUCGCCCUUCAGGUCUGGCCGUGGCUACCGCAGGCCGAAGGCGACCACCACGAGCUGGUCCUGCGCUUCACCAUCAGCCCUCCAUUCACGUCGUUCGUGCGCCGCAACGACACGCCGCAGGCGGGAAUCACCACGUUCGAGCUGUCGGGCCAGCACGCGGGCGAGGUCACCACAACGCUGCGCCUGGUGGACGUAGUCGAGCUCGACGGCCAGGCGGUGCUCGGCCCGGCCAAGGUGUCCUUCGACGUCGACCCGGCCACCUCGCAGCUGGUGCUGCGCUUCGGGCACUUCAACUCGACCCUGCUCUACGACCCAGGCACGCAAUCAAUUGCACCUUCAACCAGCCCGCUAGUGAUGGUGUGA